GAUAAGCUCUGUAUACUUUGUAGAAGAAGAAGGGGGAAAAAAAGAAAAGAAAAGCAAAAAGAAGAAAAGCAAAAGCUCAUGGAGAAUGUGAGUCUGUAUUAGUAUCAAAGUAAUUUCACCGCACCAAACAAAUAUCUCUCUCCCUAGUCUCUUUCUUGUCCGAUCUCCCGUUUUUUCAAAAUCUUUGGAUUGGAGAGAUUGCAAUUGAAGCUACAAUUUGACUAGAGCUGAAUGAUUGUUCCUUCAUAUCUUUCUUUUCCUGGUUUCUCAGAAUUUUCAGUGAGGAUUUGAUGGUGGAAUUGUAAAAAAGGAAAGAGAAAAUAGUAUCAGUUGCCGUUCGGUGGGGGAAAUGGCAGGAGACGGAGCAUUAAUGUCGUUUUCAGUGGCUUCAGUGGUGGAGGAUGUACUGCAACAGCACGGCAAUAGACUCGGAGAUCUUGAUUUGGAGUCUAGAAAAGCUGAAGAAGCUGCAUCAAGAAGAUAUGAGGCCGCAGGGUGGUUGAGAAAGAUGGUUGGGGUGGUUGCGGCCAGGGAUUUGCCAGCGGAGCCUUCUGAAGAGGAAUUUAGGCUUGGAUUGAGAAGCGGAAUCAUCCUUUGCAAUGCCCUCAAUAAGGUUCAGCCUGGAGCUGUGCCCAAGGUGGUUGAAGGUCCGUGUGAUGCUGCUCUUAUCCCCGAUGGAGCUGCAUUAUCUGCUUUUCAAUAUUUUGAAAAUGUGAGGAAUUUCCUUGUUGCUGUACAAGAGAUUGGGCUUCCUACUUUCGAGGCAUCUGAUCUGGAACAAGGAGGAAAAUCUGCCAGGAUUAUGAAUAGUGUUUUGGCACUUAAAUCCUACAGUGAGUGGAAACAGACGGGUGGAAAUGGAGUGUGGAAAUUUGGCGGAAAUGUGAAACCUACCAUCUCAACAAAAUCUUUUGUACGAAAAAACUCUGAGCCAUUUAUGAAUUCCUUAGCGAGGAACUCAUCGAUGAAUGAUCAGUCUUUGAACGCUCUGUCCACUGACCUUGACCAAAAUAAAAUGUCUACCUCUGGUUCCUUGAGUAUGCUGGUUCGGGCUGUUUUGUUGGAUAAGAAGCCAGAAGAAGUUCCAACGUUGGUGGAAUCAGUGCUAAGUAAGGUUGUGGAAGAGUUUGAGCAUCGCAUUGCAAGCCAAUAUGAUCUGGUAAAGACUACUCCUAAAGAUGCGGCUGUUUCUCAGGGCAACAAGUUUGCAUUUAAAUCUGCAUCUGGUGAUAAAAAGAUCGAAGAUAAAAGUAUCACAGUGAUAAAGAAAGAGGAAUGGCUUCACAAGAACCACAUUCCUGAAGAGGAACGUAAAAAUCAAAACCUGAAACAUCAGAUGAUCUUUGAUCAUCAACAAAGAGACAUUCAGGAAUUAAAGCAUGCACUUCGUACAACAAAAGCUGGAAUGCAGUUUAUGCAAAUGAAAUUUCUUGAUGAGUUUAACAAUUUAGGCAUGCACAUACAGGGUCUAGCUCAUGCUGCUUCUGGUUACCACAAGGUUCUCGAGGAAAACCGCAAGCUAUACAAUCAGGUGCAGGACCUCAAGGGAAGUAUUCGGGUUUAUUGCCGAGUGAGGCCAUUUUUGUCUGCACAAUCCAACUUUUUAAGCACUGUGGAUCAUAUAGAAGAUGGAAAUAUUACUAUUAACACCCCAUCAAAACUUGGAAAAGGACGCAAGUCCUUCAGUUUCAACAAAGUCUUCGGACCAUCUGCCACACAAGCGGAGGUCUUCUCUGAUAUGCAGCCAUUGAUCCGGUCUGUUCUUGAUGGAUACAAUGUUUGCAUAUUUGCAUAUGGUCAGACGGGAUCUGGAAAAACUUAUACAAUGACUGGACCCAAAGAUCUUACAGAGAAAAAUCUCGGUGUAAAUUAUAGGGCAUUGGGUGAUUUGUUUCUUCUAGCAGAGCAAAGAAAGGACAUCUUCUGCUAUAACGUGGCGGUACAAAUGAUUGAGAUUUACAAUGAGCAAGUCAGGGAUCUCCUUGUCACUGAUGGAAGCAACAAAAGAUUAGAAAUUCGCAAUAGUUCUCAAACUGGUCUGAAUGUACCAGAUGCAAAUCUUGUUCCCGUUUCAUCAACAUCUGAUGUCAUUGAUUUGAUGAACCUUGGACAAAGGAAUCGUGCUGUCGGUGCAACAGCCCUUAAUGACCGUAGCAGUCGCUCUCAUAGUUGCUUGACUGUUCACGUUCAAGGAAGAGACUUGACAUCAGGAACUAUGCUUCGUGGUUGCAUGCAUCUGGUUGAUUUGGCGGGGAGCGAGAGGGUAGACAAAUCUGAAGUGACAGGAGAUAGAUUAAAAGAGGCACAACAUAUUAACAAAUCUCUUUCAGCUUUAGGCGAUGUGAUUGCUUCACUUGCCCAAAAGAACCCACAUGUCCCUUAUAGAAACAGCAAACUUACACAGCUGCUCCAAGAUUCACUUGGAGGACAGGCCAAAACAUUAAUGUUUGUUCACAUGAGCCCUGAGCCUGAUGCUGUUGGAGAAACAAUAAGCACACUUAAAUUUGCGGAGCGGGUAGCCACCGUUGAACUAGGAGCAGCUCGCGUGAACAAAGAUGAUGCGGAUGUUAAAGAGCUCAAAGAACAAAUUGCAAGCCUUAAGGCAGCAUUAGCAAGGAAAGAGGGAGAAGCAGAACACUUUCAACAUUCUGUAUCUGGCAACUCUGAAAGGUACAGAAGAAAAGAAAAUGAGUCAUCGCCCCUUGAUUCUAUUAACUCGCGGCCUGGGGAUGUAAAUGAUAGCAAUAGCUUCCGGCAACCCAUGGGUGAUGUAGGCAACAUAGAGGUUCACACCAACGCUACUUUGAGGCAAAAGAGGCAGAGUUUCGAUCUUGAUGAGCUAUUAGCAAAUUCACCUCCAUGGCCUCCAGUGAUUAGUCCUAACAAAAAUUCUGGAGAGGAUGAAAAGGAAAUUUGCUCAGGCGAGUGGGUAGAUAAAGUCAUGGUGAAUAGGCAAGAUGUUGUAAAUAGAGUUGAAAACCCUUUAGGGUGCUGGGAAGCAGUCAAUACCCAUUUGCCUGAUGUGUUUCAACAGAAAUAUCUUUCAGACAAUUCCAAAAUUUACACCGAGCAAUCCUAUAAUAUGUUUGUGGGUAACAACAGGUUCAACAGUAGUAGUACUGAUGAUAUGGAUGAUGCCGCCACAAGUGAUUCUUCAGAACCUGAUUUGCUGUGGCAAUUCAAUCAAGCCAAGCUUUCUGGCAUAUCCAGUGGGAUUGACUCCAAAACAAAGAAGCCAAAUUCAAAAGCAGCAAAGAAUCCAGAUUUGAGGAAUUUAAAUCCCAUGCUAGGUCCUUCACCGUCACGAAAAUUACCAAAUGGAGUUGGUGCUCCCUUGCACCGGAGUGGAAGGCAGCCAGCUCCUGUUGAUAUGAAACGAAGAACUGGAAAUAGAAAGUAGGGAUGUUAGCCACGUUGAGGGGAAGAUUUCACAGUUUUUUUUUUUCCUUCCUUGUUAUAUAUAUAUAUAUAUAUUCUUAAUUUUUUCAGAGAGAGAAAGAGAGUUUUUUAUUAUAUUGUUAUUCUGUUUUUCCAUUGUUAUGUUUAUAAUACAGUACAAAUGGAGCAAUAAUUCCAGUUGCUUGUUGGUUGUCGAUUUGGAGAGCACACCAGAAGUAUAAUGUAUCCUGAGUUCCUGACUUUGAUUUGUUUUCACGAGGGAUAUAUAUAUAUAUAUAUUUGUUUGUAC